AUGGAGAUUUUCAGCCCUGAGUCAUCUAUCAGUCCUUUGCUGCAGUGUGUGUUAGAAGGAGAUGUGCAGUCUUUACAGUUACUUUUUGAUGAUAAAACAAAAGAGGACCAAGAUCCACUUAACCAUCUGCUCUUGGAGAAGGAUCAGUUGGGGAGGAGCCCUCUCUUUUCAGCCUGUAUUCUGGGUCGAAAUGAAAUAGUAAAAGAACUGGUUAAAUAUGGAGCCAGUACAAAUGAUGAAACCGCCCGGGGCUAUUUCCCAAUACAUUGUGCUGCAGCCUGGGGUCAGCUUGAUGUGUUAAAGACCCUUGUAGAGUUGGGAGCAAACAUCUUGGCCUUAAAUUUUCGUGGAGAAAAAGCUUGUGAAAUAGCUGCUCGAUACAACAAGACUGAAUGUGCACAAUUUCUCACCUGGGCUGAAUCAAAACUCGAAUUGAAGAUGUACGUCAGCCAUGUCCAACGCAGCAUCACAGAGCCUGAAAAAAUGCAAGUUAGGCUAUCCAAAGAAGAAAAGAACAAGGUUAUCAAUGCUUGCAAAGCUAAAAAUGAAUGGCUGGAGCAAGCAAAAAAUGCAACAGUUCAAGACUUUGUAGAACAGAGACACCAGCUUGAAACCAUUGUACAGCCAAUCUUCACCAAAAUGAAUACCCCAAGAGCAGAGACCGGCCGAAGCAGCAAACAUUGAAAUCUUCCAAAAUGCCAACCAGCAUCUCUCUUCAUAAUAUACAGUAUAUCUAAUAAAAUUACAUUUGAACUUA